AUGGCAGUAUCUCCCUGGCGGGCUCCUUGCAAAGACAAAACACUGCCCAGAGGAGCACAGUGGACGCAUUUCCUUCCUUCUGGGAGGCGAUCUGGUGUGGGGGAAUCAGAGGGGGCUGGGGAGCCGGAAUGGGAAAGGGCCCGCUCUCUGGAAUCCCGGGAUCCGGGGCGACCAGCCAGCAAGAGACCCCGGGCUGCUGGCCCCUGGGAGGACACUGAGGUGGCGGUGGGGAAGGCAGCAGGGAGGGCCGGACGCGCGCGCAUCAGGCCUCGGCCCCUCCACCCACGGCCCCAGCCCGCUGGGUAUCGGCUCCCGCUCCUCUCCUCGGAUUAUGUAAGCCCAGAACGUGGCAGCCGGGUGAGCAAAGGAGUAGGGGAGGGCAGGGGGAAGGAAGAGAGAAGAGAGGCGGGGCCGGAGAAGGGGAUGGCGGUGGGAAGCACCGCCUCUGGGACCUCAGAACAGCACGUCCGGAUUCGCUUCGUCAAGAAGAAAAAGGUCAUUAUAAAGAAAAGAAAGAAGCUAACUAGACCCAGGCCACUGGUGACUACCGGGCCUCCAGUGAUCACCACCCCUGCGGGAGCCCUUGACCUCCCAGAGGAGAAGGAACCAGGCUGCCCCCCUUUGGGCCUGGAGUCCCUGCGAGUCUCAGAUAGCCAGCUCGAGGCAUCCAGCAGCCAGUCCUUUGGUCUUGGACCACACCGGGGACGGCUCAACAUCCAGUCAGGCCUGGAGGAUGGUGAUCUCUAUGAUGGGGCCUGGUGUGCUGAGCCUCAGGAUGCUGAGCCGUGGCUUCAGGUGGAUGCCAGGCACCCCACCCGCUUCUCGGGCAUUAUCACACAGGGCAGGAACUCUGUCUGGAGGUACGACUGGGUCACAUCAUACAAGGUCCAGUUCAGCAAUGACAGCCGGACGUGGUGGGGGAGCAGGAACCGUAGCAGUGGGAUGGAUGCGGUAUUUCCUGCCAAUUCAGACCCAGAGACACCGGUGCUGAACCUCCUGCCUGAGCCCCAGGUGGCCCGCUUCAUUCGCCUGCUGCCCCAGACCUGGCUCCAGGGAGGCGAUUCCUGCCUCCGGGCAGAGAUCCUGGCCUGCCCUGUCUCAGAUCCUAACGACCUAUUCCCUAAGGCCCCUGCACUGGGAUCCUCUGAUCCUUUGGACUUCCGGCAUCACAAUUACAAGGCCAUGAGGAAGCUGAUGAAGCAGGUGAACGAACAGUGCCCCAACGUCACCCGCAUCUACAGCAUUGGGAAGAGCCACCAGGGCCUGAAGCUGUACGUGAUGGAAAUGUCGGACCACCCUGGCCAACAUGAGCUGGGAGAGCCUGAGGUGCGCUAUGUGGCCGGUAUGCAUGGGAAUGAGGCCCUGGGGCGGGAGUUGCUCCUGCUUCUGAUGCAGUACCUGUGCCGUGAGUUCCUGCGAGGGGACCCGCGGGUGACCCGGCUGCUCACCGAGACACGUAUUCACCUGCUGCCCUCCAUGAACCCUGAUGGUUAUGAGACUGCCUUUCGCCGGGGCUCGGAGCUGGUAGGCUGGGCAGAGGGCCGCUGGAACCAGCAGGGCAUUGACCUUAACCAUAAUUUUGCUGACCUCAACACACCGCUGUGGGAAGCAGAGGAUGACGGGCUAGUGCCUGACACCGUCCCCAACCAUCACCUGCCACUGCCCACUUACUACACCCUGCCCAACGCCACCGUGGCUCCCGAAACGCGGGCAGUGAUCGAGUGGAUGGAGCGGAUCCCCUUUGUGCUGAGCGCCAACCUCCACGGGGGUGAGCUCGUGGUGUCCUACCCGUUCGACAUGACUCGGACCCCGUGGGCUGCCCGUGAACUCACGCCCACCCCGGAUGAUGCCGUAUUCCGCUGGCUCAGCACCGUCUAUGCUGGCACUAACCGGGCCAUGCAGGACCUAGACCGCCGACCCUGCCACAGCCAAGACUUCUCCUUGCAUGGCAACAUCAUCAACGGCGCUGACUGGCACACAGUCCCCGGGAGUAUGAAUGACUUCAGCUACCUGCACACCAACUGCUUUGAGGUCACCGUGGAGCUGUCCUGUGACAAGUUUCCUCACGAGAACGAGCUGCCCCAGGAGUGGGAGAACAACAAAGAUGCCCUCCUCACCUACCUGGAGCAGGUGCGAGUGGGCAUUGCAGGAGUUGUGCGGGACAAGGACACAGAACUCGGGAUUGCCGAUGCUGUCAUUUCUGUGGACGGGAUUAACCACGAUGUAACGACAGCAUGGGGCGGGGAUUACUGGCGCCUGCUGACCCCAGGGGACUAUAUGGUGACCGCCAGUGCUGAGGGCUAUCACUCAGUGACGAGGAGCUGCCGGGUCACCUUUGAAGAGGGCCCAGUGCCCUGCAAUUUCCACCUCACCAAGACUCCCAAACAAAGACUUCGAGAACUGCUCGCCUCCGGGGCCAAAGUGCCCCCAGACCUUCGGAGGCGUCUGGAGCGCCUGAGGGGGCAGAAGAAUUAA